AAUUGUAUACUUUCUUUAAUCAUAUUGGUAAUUGUCGACAAUAUUUCAGAUACUUUGUGCAUGUGUAUAACUACACAUCAGUGCUCCAUUUUGUUUCCUUAUAACUUUCUUAGAAAUGCAUACAUUUUUAUGAUGUAUUGUAGAUACAUUGCGGAGAGGAUAAAUUACCAUUAUAUGUAUAAAAAUAACUCUCUUUGAUAUUGUGUAGCAAAAAACGUUUUGGAGAGAACGCAGAUUACGUAGCAUUGAUGUUUCAAACACCACAUGAUUUCGAGUUUAGGUAGUCCCACUGCAUGGCACCUUCAGCAAUCCCGAGCCAACCAAUGUCUUGUGAGUGAAUUAAGAUGGAAUCUACGCGGAAGUACGCCGCGCACGUGUGUAUACCGGGAAAGGAGCGCAUGGCUUAGUGGUUAGAAUGUUGCACUCAGGAUCACUAGAUCGCGAUUUCAAUUUCUAAACCGGGUGGUGCUUUGUGUUCUUGAGCAAAACACUUUAUCUCACGUUGCUCUGCGAUCACUUCGAAACGUGACGCGUGGCACACAGCGCACCUGUUCAGACAACGCCGAUUUGAUGGAGAGAGUGAGCUAAUGUGCGGCACGAACAUUUGAUCAUUAUAAACAGAUCAUUGUGCAAGUCGUCGUCUGUGUCCAACAGCGCUUGAUACCACAUUCCAAUGACAGAAACAAGACAAAAGAUAUAACUAAAAAAACAAACAAACAAAAAAAAAAAACAAGAGUGAACAAUGCACAAGUUACGGGAAUUAGUGAUAUCAAAAUCAAGAUGGGAGGAGGAAGAACGAUUCGAAAUUCACUCAAAAAAUCAUCGGCAAAAUAAAAAAUAUGCAUUUUAAAGAGAGUUAUGAGGAAACAGAAUCGAGAGUGGGUGGAAAAUUAUUCCAAACUCCUUAAUUAUUACAAUCGUAAUCGACAUCCUCGAAAUGUUUCUCUGGAAAAUAACAUGGAAAAUUUAAAAUUUUCAUGAAGUUAUGCUGAAAGAAUUUCGGUAAUGGAAGAGAGACACCGAUCUGUUUUGCCUAGUUUCGUUUUAGUGAAAAUAAGUAAAUUAUUGCUUAUUUUUUUAAAGUAAAAUCAUCGCCUAGUUUGAUCCGCGUGACGAGUACGUAAUUCCAGCCUUCGCUCAUUGUUGAUCUGACAAAAAGAAAAUGAGAUAAAACGUUAAAUGAAACGUUAAAAAAUUAAUUUAGUUUGAAACUUAAUAAUAGUGACAAGCACCGAGCAUACACCGUACAUUCUAAUGAGCAUGCCAUUAAGCCAUAUUUUCACGCAUGCGCACUUAUCUGAUUUCGAAUGCCUCGCUCUGUGUCGAAGUUGUUUAUUAACUUUCAUGGUAUCAUACGCUCUCUACAGCUAACGUUGAAGUUGUCGCAGCUUACACUAAACAUGGACUGGGGUUAUAGUGAUACAGAUACUUCUUCAACGAACAAUCCUUCUUCCCGUGAUGAAUGCCUUACUAUGUCUCCGUCACUGUCUUCAGAAAUGUCAGCAAGUGAUUCUGACCCUCCUCCGAAAACUGAUAUUUCUCCUCCCGAAUCAAUACAAGAAACAAAGUCGAAACUUAAGUCGCGCAUUCUUCCUAAAUCUUUAUUGGACUCAGUGACAGAAAAAAUUCGCGAUGGAAUUGUUCCUCAGGCUGACAUUGUAAAGAGUCCUUGUAAUUUCAACGAUAACUUUUGUAUUGGAGAGGAACAUCAAUUAACUAAUACAACUUGUUUUCUGGAAGACGAAACUGUUUCUCUAACUUUUUGCCCUAAAACUUUUAUUGAUAAACAAGAGGCAGAAAACAUAACGGUUGUUCCUGAGGGUGAAGUCUUGACAUCUUCGGAGUGCAAUGACAGUGUUACGAAACAGACAGUUAUCGAUGAAGAAAGUGGAACAUUAACUUUUAAUAAUUUAAGUGAUGAGAAUUCGAUUUUAACCGUGUUUAGUGAUGAAGAAACACGAACGAAAAAGCAAAAUAAAAAUUCGUUCAAACAAAUUCCAAAUUAUUUUAUUUCAAUCCAGUUUUCUGAUACAGAAAUUAAUACAAAUUUAAAAGAUGUACAGAAAUCUGUUAUGAAAAAAAAUGGAAAUUAUUCCUUGGCAGUUGUACCGCUUCAUAGUCUUCACAUGACGCUUGCUGUGAUGCAUUUAGGGGGAGACGACGAUAUAGACCGGGCCAGAGCAGCAUUAGAUCGGUCUGGAGUUAAACUGACACCAAAAUAUGAAAAGGAGAUGUUAAAGCUUCCUUUACAAGGUCUGGGAAACUUUAGAAAUUCAGUAGUUUUUGCUAAAGUCCAGCCAGGAGACCAUGUUGCAAAGUUGGAAGAAAUUGCUGAAGAAAUUCAAGCGCAAUUCUUUGCAGAAGGGUUAGUUGGAAAACAAUCAAAUUUCACGCCUCAUGUUACGGUGAUGAAGUUAUCGAGGGUUGGAAAAAAAUUAACUAAAAAGACAGGAUUGAAAAAGAUUUAUCCUGACGUUUAUGAUGAAUUUAUCGACAGUUAUUUUGGCUGCCAGCCUGUAGGUAGUAUACAACUCUGCUCAAUGUUAAAACAAAAAGGCAUCUCUGGUUAUUACCAUAUAGAGCAUGAAAUAUAUUUUGGUACUAGUUCUAAAAAUGGAACUAAAAAUAGCAACGCUGCUCCAGAAUCGGUUAGUGAAAAUCAAAUGAAGUUGGGUUCAACCUCAAAACCUUCACCUGACAAUGAAUGUGAAAAAGCUACUGAUAUAUCAGAGAAAACUAAUUCAACUUCCGAUGAAGCAGUCAACCAUGCGGAUGAAAUGAACUCGUCAUCAACUUCAACUCUGAAGCCCGAUUCGUCCCAUUCUGUUAUAGGAUCUCAGUCACAAUUAGAUACAGAAUCAACAUGUCCUGCAGAAAUAGUAACUGUUAUAGAACCACUGGUUGUUGCAGAAAUCAGUCCUAUAUCUGUGAGUGAACCUCGCAGUCCUUGUAAAAGUUUCGUUGAUGUUAUUGAAGAAGGUUUGGAACUAGCCGAAGAGGCAAUAGAGUAUGUUAAUAAGGGUUCAUCUUUACCUCGUGCCUCUUCACCGAGUGAAUCGCUUCCAAAUCCAGAUCCACAUGAAACAAAUAUUCAAAUUUCAGGUAAUGAAGGAAGUUCUCCUCUUACUAAAAAAUUAAAAAAGACACCGAAUUGCAACAUUAUGUAAAAUGUUUAUAGUUGCAAUAGAAAGUAUAAAUAUUAAGAUCAUAAGAUAUUAUUUCAGGACUUUGAAAAAUCAUCUGUCAUUUGUCAUUUUUGCACAUGGUUUUGUUUUGCAGUUUCUUUUCUUAAAGUUUUUAGUUUGGUGUAAAUAUAUAAAAUUAUGAGUUGUUAACAAAUUGUGAUCGAAUUACAUGAUUACAAAAUUUAGGAAGUGCCUUGAUUAAUGCUUUUUUGUUAUUUAUAAAUAAAAUCCCUGGCCCCUCUCCCUCUUUUUUUUUUUAAAUUUAAAAUUAAAUUUUAAGGAAAAUCUAUUUUACUGUCAUUAGGUAAUAAAAUAAAACCAAAAGAACUUGACAUAAAACAACUUCGAAAUGUUUUGUAAAUUGUCAUCUUUUAAACACUUUGGCAGUCUGUCUCUGGAAAGAUAAUGAAUGACUAUAUAAAUGUGAUCUUAUUGCACUUUCUUUUUAAUACGCUUAGAUUUUUUAAAAUUUUUUUGUAGAUAGUACUUCAAUACACACACACACACACACACACACACACACACAUACAUAUAUAUAUAUAUAUAUAUAUAUAUAUAGUUGUACUACCUUAUAGCUACAUUCAAUUAAAAUUUAAAUCUCUAUAUUUUUUAAAUUUACUGUUUCGUCAUGGUAUAUUCUUGUUAAAAGCAUCAUUUAAUUUUAUAGGCAGUAGUAAUAGUUGUUAAUCUGUUAUAUUCACUGACAUUUUCUAUAAAGAAAAUCUUUAUUUUAUUAAUUAUUAGCUUGAACAUUUAACACCCACCGCUUUCCCCAAGAUCUUCAUAAUUUACUUAUCCAGUGUUAUUAAUUUCUAAGGUGUACUUGCAUUAUCAAUCUAGUGUUAUCGCCGACACCAUCUGAAAGCUAAAUAUUGCUUCUAAUGAAACCAAAGUUAACUUUUGUUGCUAAUUAAGCACAACUCAUUUCUUAAGAACAUUCUAGCAUAAAACUGAUUAUUUUUGGGCAUACGUAAAGUUACGUCUUUCAUUAUUUGUUUUUCUUAUAUGCGAAACAUUUCUUGUAUUUUAUAAUUAUUACUGAACAGUUGUUGCCGAAUUCUACUUCGAAAUAGUAGUUGAUGUCAAGAUUAGUAAUAAUUUUUUUUUUCCAGUUGUUAAAAUGACUAAAAUUUGCUUUUAAAGAUAGACGAACAGUGUAUUUAUAGUUUGGUGCCUCAAAAUUGCGCAGCACUUUAUAAUAUAUCCAACUCGUUCAACAUGUUCAUUACCUUGCAUGGUUUCAAAUUUUCUCUCAAUGUUUAAGCUAUCGGGCACUAUUAUUGUAAAACUUGCAUCACACAGAAAUUUUUACAAUUAUUGAACCAGCAAAACAAUCUCUAAUGAUGUGUGUAAUUAGUUUAAAUUUACUUUAUAUGGUCUUCGUUUAUCAUUUACUAAGUAUAUAAUCAGAACGGCUUUUUCGUGUUGACACCUCGAGAUGUGAGGUGCUCACGGAAAUUGAUAAACAAAGUGUGAAGUUAUUUUUGUGAUGAAUAUUUGGAAAUACUAUUAAUAUAACAUGCAAUGUUUCUAACCUGAAAAUAAAUAAAUGAAACAAAAACUUAUUAAAGAAAAGAAUUACAUGUCUAACCUGCUAAAUAUUUAUAUUUCAAAAUGUUUGUAUAUAUAUAUAUUUAAUGUGCGUUUGUUUGCGGGUGCGCAGCGGUAUGACAAUCCCCUCCCCUUUUUUUGUUACUUUGGUUGGCAGUUGCUUUCACCAAAAGACUUAACUAUUUGAUUGAAUUGAUUAAAUUCUUCAAUUAUGAUCCUAAAAAUAUCUACAUAGUCACUGUCAUCUGGCUGCUAAGGAAUUAUUUUCUAAUUUAUUUAAAUGUAAGCAGAGAUUUCUCAACCAACAACCAGUGCCAUUGUUGAAAUUCUGAGGUAGAUUAAAUAAGUUGUCAGACGAAAUCCUGUUCCAGGCAUUGUAUUAUGCUUUUAUUAUUCUACUUGUUUAAACUCACCUAAUUUAGAAAAAGGUUCCUGGUUUAUGUUAGGAAUGGUAAUCCUGCUGUAAAACACUUGAACUUCAACGUUUAGGUCAUGUUGGAACCUGCUGUACAAUUUUACUUGGAUAAACUAUAUAAAAAUAUUUUGAAGAAUGCCUCCACCAAUAAACAUCCCUCUUUUUUUACAUCUUCUAUUUUGGUGGUUUAGACUCAGCAACCAGUAAUAAUCUUAAAGCACCUUAGCCAUUCUUGGUGCAAUAGAUGAAAACUUCAUCAGGUGUUCAAUAGUUAUGCCUAAAUAUUCCUCAUACCAUCAUUCAACAUUUACCGUCCAUGCUGGAAUGUGUUGGCUGGUUUGACAGGAGGUGGUAAGCCAGAGGACUACAUCAGGUUUCACUGUUUUGGCAGUUUAUACAGCUGGAUGCCCUUUCUAAUGCCAACCA